AUGGCCGAGCGGGUUUGUGCCUGGCUCCUGGGCGCCAUCGCCAGCCCCUGGCUCCGGCUGGCCCGACCCCGACCCCCACCCCGACCUCGACCCCGGCCCCGGCCUCGGCUCCUCCCGGGGCCCGCCGGGGACACAGGCGGCGCGGCCGCUCCCGCCGCCUCCGCAGCAUCUUCCCCGCUCCGAGCUCCGCCGCUCUUGAGCGCGGCCGCCGGCCCCGAGCCGCCGGUGUCCGCUUCAAAAGAGCCAACAUGUGGGGAUGGCCGGCCCGGGGCGGUUGAGCGGCGCUCGGGGGCCGUUCCUGGCCCCGGGCCGAGCGCUGACGGCCGCGUCUCGCCGGCACGGAAGGCGCAGCAGGGCCUGAAGGAGCGCUACCGGCUGGGUUCGCUGCUGGGGCGCGGCGGCUUCGGCAGCGUCUUGGCGGCGACGCGGCUCUCGGACGGCGCCCCGGUGGCCAUCAAACGGGUGCCACGGAACCGCAUCCACCAUUGGGGCCGGCUGCCCGACGGCACCCGAGCACCACUGGAGAUCGUGCUGCUGCACAAGGUGUCCGCUGGCUUCCCCGGCAUCGUCCAGCUCCACGAGUGGCUGGAGCUCCCCAACAACGUGGUGAUGGUGCUGGAGCGCCCGGAGCGGUCUCAGGACCUCCUUCACUUCAUUCGGGCACGGGGCUUCCUGUGCGAGGAGGUGGCGCGGCACCUGUUCCGCCAGGUGCUGGAGGCCGUGCGGCACUGCACCAGCUGCGGGGUCCUGCACCGGGACAUCAAACCGGAGAACAUCCUGCUUGACCUGGCCACCGGGCAGGCCAAACUCAUCGACUUUGGCUGUGGCACCUACCUGCAAGCCGCAGCCUACACCAGCUUUGCAGGAACACCGUCCUACAGGCCCCCAGAAUGGAUCCAGUUCGGCUGGUACUACGGCAAGGCAGCGACCGUCUGGUCCCUGGGCAUCGUGCUGCACCAGAUGGUCUGCGGGGAGCAUCCUUUCAGGAGGGGCUGGAACAGCACCUGGGGCCGGCUCUCGCUCCCACGACGGCUCUCUCCAGAGUGCCAGGAUCUCAUCCGGCGGUGUUUAUCCGUGCUCUCCUCGGAAAGGCCCUCAUUAGAAGACCUGUCCUGUGAUCCUUGGAUGCAGGAUAUUCACGUGCCGUAGGAGAAGGGAGAGAGCCACACGCACGCUUUGACUCAGGGAGCCGCCCCAGGGAAGAAGGAGCCCCUGGAGAAGCUGCGCCAGGUGCGGCUGCUGUUGCUGGAGACAUGGAGGGUGACAUCAAGGAUGACAAGCUCUUCCUCCACCUGGCAAGCUGAAGAUGAUGGACUUCAAUUGUGGCACCUUCUCCAAAGCCAGGCUCCACAGCGAAUUUGCAGAUGAGUCCACACGCAGGGGGAUGCUCCCAGAUUUGGGCAUUGCACAGCCUGGCCGGGAAGCAAAGGUUCCCCCCUUUGCUGGGGCGGAUGCAACCAAUUCUUCAGUCGGCUGCCAAGCUGCUUUUUGGCAGGGCUGGGGGGAUAGGCUGGGCUGGUUUUGAACUGGGAGUCUGCUCCUGGCCCUGCCAACAGCCCCCAGCACCCACCGUGCCCCGCGCUGGGGCUGGGGCUGGGGCAGCCAGCCUGACACAAACAAAGCCCCAUGGUGGGAGCAGAGGUUGGACACCAGAAGCUGUGCAUGGGCUGCUUUGCUCUGCAGGCAAGGAAGGGCUUGGGCUGCUCCACUGCCCUUGUUCGCUUUGGGCUCAGCAUGACUUUUGGGGGCAGUGCAGGGGGAAGGGAGAAAGCGUGGGCUGCCCUGGCCCGUGGGUGGGUUUUUCCCUCGCAUGGCCAGCUUGGGCCUUCCUCAAGGCCCCAGCAGAGAGAAGAUUUUUAACCUUUUUCCUUGUUUCCCCUUUAAUCUCUUUUCAUUGAUUUAUGGUUUGUUUUUCCAAAGGAAGCGUUCUAGGUGCUGUCUGGUCCGGAUGGGGAAGUGCUUGGGAGCAGCUGCGGCGUGGGUGGGACGUGCCCUUGGAGAAGGCUGAGGACAGCGUUUGGGAGCAGCUUUUCU